AUGACGUGUAGAGAAGGGAACGCCACGCAGAAUCUAGGUGUUAGUGGAAUGACGUGUAGGGAAGGGAACGCCACACAGAAUUUAGGUGUUAGUGGAGUGGCGUGUAGAGAAGGGAACACCACGCAGAAUCUAGAUGUUAGUGGAGUGACGUGUAGGGAAGGGAACGCCACACAGAAUUUAGGUGUUAGUGGAGUGGCGUGUAGAGAAGGGAACGCCACGCAGAAUCUAGGUGUUAGUGGAGUGACGUGUAGAGAAGGGAACGCCACACAGAAUCUAGGUGUUAGUGGAGUGACGUGUAGAGAAGGGAACGCCACGCAGAAUCUAGGUGUUAGUGGAGUGGAGUGGCGUUUCAGUGGAGUGACGUGUAGAGAAGGGAACGCCACACAGAAUCUAGGUGUUAAUGGAGUGACGUGUAGAGAAGGGAACGCCACACAGAGUCUAGGUGUUAGUGGAGUGAAGUGUAGAGAAGGGAACGCCACACAGAAUUUAGGUGUUAGUGGAGUGACGUGUAGAGAAGGGAACGCCACGCAGAAUCUAGGUGUUAGUGGAGUGGCGUAUGGAGAAGGGAACACCACGCAGAAUCUAGGUUUCGGUGGAGUGUCGUGUAGAGAAGGGUACGCCACGCAGAAUCUAGGUGUCAGUGGAGUGGUGUAUGGAGAAGGGAACGCCACGCAGAAUCUAGGUGUUAGUGGAGUGACGUGUAGAGAAGGGAACGCCACACAGAAUUUAGGUGUUAGUGGAGUGGUGUAUGGAGAAGGGAACGCCACGCAGAAUCUAGGUGUUAGUGGAGUGACGUGUAGAGAAGGGAACGCCACACAGAAUUUAGGUGUUAGUGGAGUGGUGUAUGGAGAAGGGAACGCCACGCAGAAUCUAGGUGUUAGUGGAGUGACGUGUAGAGAAGGGAACGCCACGCAGAAUCUAGGUGUUAGUGGAGUGACGUGUAGGGAAGGGAACGCCACACAGAAUCUAGGUGUUAGUAGAGUGGCGUGUAGAGAAGGGAACACCACGCAGAAUAUAGGUUUCAGUGGAGUGAGUGUAGAGAAGGGAAUGCCACACAGAAUUUAG